AUGGCGUUAAGGCGAACCGUACAUUCAUUCUUCUUUAGGAAUGAGAUACCAACCCUCAAGGCUGUACAUGCAGCGAUCAAGGAAAAUGAAAUUAUACCCCAAAUGAGCGUCGAGGUAAUGAGGAAAUCCCUGCACGAAAUUAAUUUUCGUUACGAAACGCGUAAUCGGAAGUCAGUAUUGAUAGAGAGACCUGAAAUAGUCGCCUGACGUCGAAAAUAUCUACGCGAAAUGAUUGAAUAUAGGCGACAAAGCAGAAAAAUCUAUUAUUUGGACGAGACAUGGGUAAAUGCAGGUCACACAGUUAAAAAAACGUGGAUAGACAAAAACGUAGUGCGUAACCGACAAGCAAGCAUUGAAGGUUUGUCAACAGGUCUUCGUGGACCGUCAGGGAAAGGUCAAAGAUUGAUCGUAACUCAUAUUGGUAGCGAUAGUGGCUUUUUAGAAGAGUGUGACUUGAUUUUCGUCUCUAAGAAAGGAGGUGAUUACCAUGACGAAAUGAAUGCCAGCUGCUUCGAGAGCUGGUUUCAAGGGGUGCUUCAGCGAGUUGAGCCCAACUCUGUGAUCGUCAUGGAUAAUGCUUCCUACCAUAGUCGUCGAGCCGAACGUGUACCGACUAUGGGAUCUCGAAAAAGUGACAUGCAGCAAUGGUUGCGUGAAAAAGGAACCCCGUUUGACGAUUCAUGUGUGAAAGCGGAAUUGUAUGAAAAAAUUAAACAGCACAAACCUGCGAACAUUAGUUACGUGACUGAUGAGAUGGCCCGUCAAUGUGGUGUCACUGUGCUGCGGUUACCGCCCUACCACUGUGAACUGAACCCAAGCUCAUCUGGGCUCAAGUGA